CUUCCCACUCGGAGAAGGCAAGUCUUCCCAGGCGCACCCCUCACGUUGGGAGCUACAGCAAUCCAGACGUCUUGGUCAUUGCCGCUGCUUCUGCUCCUCCUCCUCUGCUCCUGCUACUUGCUGUUCCCUCCACAAGAUCCAUUCAUGUUGUUGUGAUCCCAAAGGGCAGACAUGAAGAUCAGGCUGUCUUCAGCAAUUGCUGCUCUAUGCGCAGCUCUCCUCCUGUCUUCGACAGAGGCUGAAGUUAAUCCACCGUCAGACUUGAAUUUUACAAUUAUAGAUGAACAUACUGUUAGAAUGUCAUGGACAAGACCACCUGAUGCAAUAGAGGGGUACAGGAUAACAGUGGUCCCUACGACUGAUGGACCUACUAAAGAAUUUACCCUUGCACCUAGUGUUACCCAUACUAUAUUGUCAGAUCUUACACCUGAUACAGAAUAUGUUGUGACAAUAGCUUCAUAUGAUGACAGAGAAGAGAGUCUACCUGUCUUUGGCCAACUUACAAUUCAGACAGGUGUUGCAGUGAGUCCAGAGGACAAGAAGCCCGAGCAGAGUCACAUAAAAAAAUGUUCCGUCAGUGCACUGACAGAUUUAGUUUUUCUUGUGGAUGGCUCGUGGAGUGUUGGGAGAAGUAACUUCAGAUAUAUUUUGGACUUCAUGGACAUUCUUGUAUCGGCUUUUGACAUUGGGGAAGAAAAGACACGAAUUGGAGUUGUUCAGUACAGUACUGAUACAAGAACUGAGUUCAACUUAAAUCAGUAUUUCAGAACGAAUGAUCUUCUUAAUGCAAUUAAAAAAAUACCUUACAAAGGUGGCAAUACAAUGACAGGUGAAGCUAUUGAUUAUCUGAUUAGGAAUGCAUUCACUGAAUCUGCUGGAGCAAGAAAAGGCAUUCCUAAAGUAGCAAUUAUCAUUACGGAUGGAAAAUCUCAAGAUGAAGUUGAAAUUCCUGCAAGAGAGCUUCGCAACGUAGGAGUUGAAGUCUUCUCCUUGGGAAUCAAAGCAGCAGAUGCAAAAGAACUGAAACUUAUGGCAUCUCAGCCAUCCUUGAAGCAUGUUUUUAACGUGGCAAAUUUUGAUGGAAUAGUGGAUAUACAGAAUGAAAUAAUCUCACAAGUGUGCUCAGGUGUUGAUGAACAGCUGAGUGAAUUGGUUAGUGGAGAAGAAGCUGUGGAGCCUCCUUCAAACCUAGUGGCCACCCAAAUCUCAUCAAAAUCUAUUAGAGUGACUUGGGAUCCAUCUGCUAGUCAAAUAACAGGCUACAGAGUGCAAUUCUUUCCAAUGAUAGCAGGCGCCAAACAACAUGUGCUGAGUGUUGGUCCUCAAACUACUGCUUUAAAUGUAAGAGAUCUUUCUCCAGAAACAGAGUACCAGAUUAGUAUAUAUGCAAUGAAAGGAAUGGCAGCCAGUGAGCCAAUUACAAUAAUGGAAAAAACACAACCAGUCAAAGUUCAAGUGGAAUGCUCCCGUGGUGUGGAUGUAAAAGCUGAUAUUGUGCUUUUAGUGGAUGGCUCCUACAGCAUUGGUAUCGCCAAUUUUGUUAAAGUAAGAGCCUUUUUGGAAGUGUUAGUUAAAAGCUUUGAGAUUUCACCUCAAAAAGUACAAAUAAGUCUUGUCCAGUACAGCAGGGAUCCCUAUACGGAGUUUUAUUUGAACAGAUACAACAAAAUUGAAGAUAUAAUUCAGGCUAUUAACACCUUCCCCUACAGAGGUGGAUCUACAAACACAGGCAAAGCGAUGACCUAUGUGAGGGAGAAAGUAUUUGUUAUCAACAGAGGAUCAAGACCAAAUGUACCAAGGGUCAUGAUUCUUAUUACUGAUGGAAAAUCGUCAGAUGCCUUUAAAGAGCCAGCCAUAAAAUUGAGGGAAUCAGAUGUAGAGAUAUUUGCAGUUGGUGUUAAGGAUGCAGUACGUACAGAAUUGGAAGCAAUUGCUUCACUGCCUGCUGAAACCCAUGUGUACACAGUGGAAGAUUUUGAUGCUUUCCAAAGAAUAUCAUUUGAACUUACACAGUCUGUCUGCCUACGAAUUGAGCAGGAACUGGCCGCUAUAAGGAAGAAAAGUUAUUUACCUGCCCGUAAUUUGGCCUUUUCUGAGGUAACGUCCAACAGUUUCAAAGUGAAUUGGUCUCCAGCUGGAUCUGAGGUUUUGUCCUAUCUUAUUAAAUAUAAAGUAGCUGCUGGUGGAGAAGAAUUCCUUGUUUCAGUGCCAGCUUCAAGCACUAGCUCAGUUCUCACCCAUUUACUCCCUGAAACUCUUUAUUCAGUCAGUGUGAUUGCAGAGUAUGAAGAUGGUGAUGGCCCUUCCUUGGAUGGGGAAGAAACGACUUUAGAAGUUAAAGGGGCUCCUCGAAACUUAAUGAUAACAGAUGAAACUACUGAUAGCUUUAAGGUUGGCUGGACGCCAGCUCCAGGAAAUGUUCUGAGGUAUAGGGUUGCAUACAGGCCAGUGACUGGAAGAGAGAGAAAACAAGUAACUGUCCCAGCAAAUGAAAGAUCAACUACGCUACUGAACUUGACUCCCGAUACAAGAUAUGAAGUUUAUGUUAUUCCUGAGUAUCAGUCUGGGCCUGGAAAUUCACUGAAUGGAUAUGCAAAAACUGAAGAAGUCCUAGGGACUCCAAGAAAUUUGAGAGUUUCUGAUGCUACAACAUCCACAAUGAAGUUAUCUUGGAGUGCAGCACCUGGAAAAGUACAGCGAUAUCUUGUAACAUAUACUCCAGUGGCUGGAGGUGAAACCAAGGAGGUAACAAUAAGGGGUGAUACUACCACUACAGUGCUGAGAGAUUUAGAACACGGCACCAGAUAUGCACUAUCCGUGACUGCCUUAUAUGCAUCUGGAGCAGGGGACGCCCUCCCUGGGCAAGGAGAAACACUUGAAGCCCGAGGAAGUCCAAGAAAUCUGAGAGUUUCUGAUGCUACAACAUCCACAAUGAAGUUAUCUUGGAGUGCAGCACCUGGCAAAGUAGAGUGGUACCGUAUAACGUAUACUCCAGUGGCUGGAGGUGAAGCCAAGGAGGUAACCAUAAGGGGUGAUACUACCACUACAGUGCUGAGAGAUUUAGAACAAGGCACCAGAUAUGCACUGUCCGUGACUGCCUUGUAUGCAUCUGGACCAGGAGAUGCCCUCCCUGGGCAAGGAGAAACACUUGAAGACCGUGGCUCACCUCGUGAUUUGGUUAUUAGAGACAUAACUGACACUACAAUGGGACUAUCUUGGACAGCAGCUCCAGGAGCAGUUCGUCGUUAUAGAAUAGUAUGGAAAUCGCUUUAUGAUGGUCAGACUGGGGAGAGCACAGUUCCUGGAAAUGUAAUAAAUACUGAGCUGGAAAAUUUACAGCCAGAGACUAAAUAUAAGAUUUCAGUCAUUGCUUCUUAUAACAGUGGAGACGGAGCUCCUCUAGAAGGAGAGGCUACUACUGAAGUGUCACCAAAUGCCAGGAGGGUGAGAGUAGAUGAAGAGACGGAGAAUUCAAUGAGAAUUACAUGGCAGCCUGCACCUGGGAAAGUUGUGAGCUAUCGUGUAGUUUACCGACCAGUCAGUGGAGGAAGGCAGGUGGUUGCAAAAGUACCAGCUACUUCCACAACUACAGUGUUAAAACGACUUCAGCCUCUAACCAAAUACAACAUCUCUGUUAUUCCAAUGUAUAAAUCUGGGGAAGGAAAACACAGGCAAGGAGAAGGAACAACAGCCUCUCCUUAUAAACCACCCAGAAACAUGAAAACUUCUGAUUCCACUAUGUCAAGUUUCAGAGUAACUUGGGAGCCAGCCCCUGGGGAAGUGAGAGGUUACAAAAUAACUUUCCAUCCAACAGGAGAAGAUAGACUUGGAGAACUAAUUGUUGGGCCAUAUGACAAUACAGUUGUAUUGGAGGAGCUUAGGGCAGGCACUACCUAUAAGGUAAAUGUUUUUGGAAUGUUUGAAGGAGGGGAGAGUGCACCACUGGUUGGCCAAGAAAUGACCACCCUUUCAGAUGCUACUGUGAUGCCAUUCUUAGCCGGAGGCUUGGAGUGUAUUACCACAGCAGAAGCUGAUAUUGUGCUGCUGGUGGAUGGCUCAUGGAGUAUCGGGAGACCAAAUUUUAAAACAGUCAGGAACUUCAUUGCUCGUAUUGUUGAAGUCUUUGAUAUUGGUCGUGACAAAGUGCAGAUUGCUCUUGCUCAGUAUAGUGGAGAUCCCAGAACAGAAUGGCACCUAAAUACUUACAGUUCCAAACAGAGUUUACUAGAUGCUGUGGCCAACUUACCAUACAAAGGAGGCAAUACACUAACAGGAAUGGCUUUGAGUUUCAUCCUAAAAGACAAUUUCAAACCAGAAGUCGGAUUGAGGCCUAAAGCUCACAAAAUCGGUGUCCUCAUCACUGAUGGCAAAUCACAAGACGAUAUAGUGGCUCCUUCAAAGAGACUCAGGGAUGAGGGAGUGGAACUUUUUGCGAUUGGUAUUAAGAAUGCGGAUGAAAAUGAGUUGAAGCAGAUUGCAACAGAUCCAGAUGAUACCCAUGCUUACAACGUUGCUGAUUUCUCCUUCCUCGUUAAUAUUGUUGAUGACUUAACGAUUAAUCUGUGUAAUAGUGUAAAAGGCCCAGGUGGUUUGUCAUCUCCCUCCAAUCUGGUGACUUCUGAGGUGACACCUCGUUCUUUCAGAGUGACGUGGACUGCACCUGUUGAGAGCGUGGAUAGAUACAGGGUUGAAUACUACCCUGUUUCUGGAGGCCCACCUCAGCAGUUUUAUGUAAAUCGAGCGGAAACUACUACAGUUCUGAGAAACCUGAAACCUGAAACAGAAUAUGUUGUUAAAGUGUUCUCUGUGGUAGAAGAUGAAAGCAGUGAACCUCUAAGUGGCUCAGAAACAACUUUGCCAAUCCCUACAAUCAGAAACCUGAAUGCUUAUGAUAUUGGAUCGACUUCCAUGAGAGUGAGAUGGGAACCUCUCAGGGGAGCUACUGGUUAUCGGUUAUUGUAUGAACCUCUCAAUGCCACAAUACCAGCUGUAGAAAAAGAGAUGCGCGUUGGGUCAUCGGUGAAUGAUGUUCAGCUGGUAGACCUCAUCCCCAAUACUGCCUACACUUUAACUAUUCAUGCAGAGUUUGGUGAUCUCAGCAGUGACCCACUCACCACUCAGGAAGUGACAUUACCUUUAGCUGGAGCCAAAAGCUUGAGGGUUAGAGACAUUACUCACAGCAGCAUGAAUGUUAUUUGGGAUCCUGCCCCAGGAAAAGUCCGCAGAUACCUAUUGAGAUACAAAACAACUUUGGGAGAUGAACCAAAAGAGGUGGAAGUUGAUAAAUCAAAAACGAGCACAGUUCUUUCUAGUCUUCUCUCACAAACUCUGUAUGAUCUACAACUCGUUGCAGUAUAUGACGAAGGAGAAUCUAUACCAGUAGCUGCUAAAGCUACCACUUUGCCUGUACCAGCACCAGUCAAUCUCAGACUCACAGAAGUAACAAAGCAAAGUUUCAGAGGCACUUGGGACCAUGGAGCUCCAGAUGUGGCUCUCUAUAGAAUCACCUGGGGACCCUAUGGUGGAACAGAAAAGCAGGAGACCAUCCUAAAUGGUGAUGAAAAUUCUCUGGUUUUUGAAAAUCUGAACCCAGACACCCUAUAUGAUGUCUCAGUUACUGCCAUCUAUCCUGAUGAAUCCGAAAGUGAUGACUUGAUUGGCAGUGAGCGGACAUUACCUGCAAUACGUCCAACAACACAAGCACCAAAGAGCGGUCCACGAAACCUUCAGGUGUACAAUGCGACUUCCAAUAGCCUGACUGUAAAGUGGGAUCCAGCCAGUGGCCGAGUGCAGAGAUACAGGAUCACUUACCAGCGUACAACUGGGGAUGGCGCUGAACAAUCGACCAUGGUAGGGGGGAGGCAGAACAGUGUAGUGCUACAGAAGCUGCAGCCCGACACACCAUACACUAUUACUGUAUCAUCUAUGUAUGCGGAUGGGGAAGGAGGACGGAUGACAGGCAGGGGCAAGACCAAGCCACUCAACACAGUAAAGAACCUCCGGGUGUAUGAUCCAACCACCAGCACACUGAGUGUACGAUGGGAUCAUGCUGAAGGAAGUCCUCGCCAGUAUAAAGUAUAUUAUGUGCCAACAACAGGCGGUGCAGAGGAAAUGACAACAGUACCAGGGAACACAAAUUAUAUCAUCCUGAGAUCUCUCCAGCCUGACACACCUUACAAAAUAACUGUGGUUCCAGUUUACCCGGAAGGGGAUGGUGGACGUGUAUCUGACACUGGGAGAACUUUGGUGAGAGGAGCGGCAAGAAACAUACAAGUUUACAACCCAACAUCGAACACCUUGAAUGUCCGAUGGGAACCUGCACCGGGUCCAGUACAACAGUAUAGAGUUGUCUACGCUCCGCUGGUUGGCCCAAGGCCAUCAGAGUCUAUUGUGGUCCCAGCGAACACUCGCGAUGUUGUGCUGGAGCGCCUGACCCCUGACACUCCUUACUCUGUGAACGUUGUGGCUCUGUAUGCCGAUGGAGAGGGAAAUCAAAGCUCUGGGCAGGGGAGAACAAUACCUCGCAGUGGGCCAAGGAACUUGAAGGUGUUUGAUCCAACAACAAACAGCCUGUCUGUACAAUGGGACCAUGCUGACGGGCCAGUUCAGCAAUACAGAAUAAUUUAUUCACCCACCGUUGGAGACCCCAUAGAUGAAUAUACAACAGUACCCGGAAGAAGAAAUAAUGUGAUAUUACAGCCACUGCAGUCAGACACGCCAUAUAAAAUUACUGUUGUGGCUGUGUAUGAUGAUGGAGACGGUGGACAGCUGACAGGAAAUGGACGAACUGUUGGGUUGCUUCCUCCUCAAAACAUACAUAUUUCUGAUGAGUGGUAUACACGAUUCAGGGUUUCCUGGGAUCCCUCACCAUCUCCUGUUCUUGGGUACAAACUUGCGUAUAAACCUGUAGGUUCUGAUGAGCCGCCAAUGGAGGUGUUUGUUGGGGAAGUGACUUCAUACACAUUGCACAACCUGUCUCCUAGUACUAUCUAUGAUGUGAACGUUUAUGCCCAAUACGAUUCUGGACUCAGCGCACCCCUGAUUGAUCAAGGCACUACAUUGUACUUGAACGUCACUGAUCUAACAAGUUACAAGGUGGGAUGGGAUACCUUCUGUAUCCGAUGGUCACCUCACCGGUCAGCGUCUUCCUACAGAUUAAAGCUAAACCCAGCUGAUGGAUCCCGAGGACAAGAAAUUACAGUACGUGGGACAGAAACCAGCCACUGUUUCACUGGCCUUUCACCAGACACCGAAUACAAUGCUACUGUCUUUGUUCAGACCCCGAACCUUGAGGGACCGCCCAUCUCUCUGAAAGAGCGCACAUUCAUCAAACCCACCGAAGCGCCAACUCAACCGCCUUCUCCUCCUCCACCACCCACAAUCCCACCAGCUCGGGAUGUAUGUAAAGGCGCCAAAGCAGAUAUUGUGUUCCUGACUGAUGCUUCCUGGAGUAUUGGUGAUGAUAAUUUCAACAAAGUAGUGAAAUUUGUUUUUAAUACUGUUGGAGCCUUUGACUUAAUCAACCCUGCUGGAAUUCAGGUUUCCUUUGUGCAGUACAGCGACGAUGCAAAGUCUGAGUUUAAACUGAAUACAUAUGAUGAUAAGGCCCAGGCUCUAGGAGCACUUCAGAAUAUUCGGUACAAAGGAGGAAAUACAAGAACAGGCAAAGCCCUUACAUUUAUCAAAGAAAAAGUCUUGACUUGGGAGAGUGGCAUGAGGAGAGGUGUGCCCAAGGUACUUGUUGUUGUCACAGAUGGUCGGUCGCAGGAUGAAGUUAAGAAAGCUGCAGCAAUCAUACAGCACUCUGGUUUCAGCGUCUUUGUUGUUGGUGUAGCUGAUGUGGAUUACCAUGAGCUGUCAAAGAUUGGCAGCAAACCCAGUGAACGUCAUGUAUUUAUCGUUGAUGACUUUGAUGCCUUUGAAAAGAUUGAGGAGAACCUCCUCACUUUUAUUUGUGAGACAGCUACCUCAACUUGUCCUCUCAUUUACUUGGAGGGAUACACUUCACCUGGUUUCAAGAUGUUGGAAUCAUACAACUUAACAGAGAAGCAUUUUGCCUCUGUACAAGGAGUAUCAUUGGAAUCAGGAUCCUUCCCUAGUCACGUGGCAUACAGGCUCCAUAGAAAUGCUUUCAUCAGUCAGCCUGCAUCGGAGCUUCAUCCAGAUGGAUUGCCACGUGCUUACACAAUCAUACUGCUGUUUCGCCUUCUUUCGGAAACCCCCAAUGAGCCAUUUGCAAUUUGGCAAAUUACAGAUAGGGAUUUCAAACCACAAGUCGGAGUAAUCCUUGAUCCUUCCACCAAAUUAUUGUCAUUCUUUAACAAGGAUACAAGAGGAGAAGUUCAGACAGUAACUUUUGAUGAUAAUGCAGUAAAGAAAAUCUUUUAUGGAAGCUUCCAUAAGGUUCAUAUUGUUGUAACCUCAACAAGUGUUAAGAUUUACAUUGAUUGCAGUGAAGUAAUGGAGAAACCAAUUAAGGAGUCUGGAAACAUCACAACUGAUGGCUUUGAAAUACUUGGAAAACUAUUGAAAGGUGAUCGGAAAUCAGCAACGUUUGAUAUCCAGAGUUUUGACAUAGUAUGUAAUGCAGUUUGGACUAGCCGUGAUAGAUGCUGUGAUCUUCCUUCAAUGAGGGAUGAAGCAAAAUGCCCAGCUCUUCCAAAUGCUUGUACGUGUACACAAGACAGCGUGGGACCCCCAGGACCUCCUGGACCUGCUGGUGGUCCAGGCACUAAGGGGCCUAGAGGUGAAAGGGGUUUGACUGGACCUGCCGGGCCACCUGGUCUUCCUGGUGAGGCAGGUCCACCGGGUCCUCAGGGUCCAUCAGGUCCACAAGGGAUCAAUGGACUUUCAAUUCCAGGAGAACCAGGUCGCCAAGGAAUGAAAGGUGAUGCUGGAGAACCAGGGCUACCAGGCCGAUCAGGAACCCCAGGUUUGUCUGGCCCACCUGGCCCAGUGGGACCACCAGGUGACAGGGGUUUCACAGGAAAAGAUGGUGCCACAGGACCCAGAGGCCCACCUGGAUCAGCGGGCACUCCAGGAGUUCCAGGAGUAGCAGGUCCAAGUGGAAAACCAGGGAAACCAGGAGAUCGUGGGCCACAAGGUCCACCUGGAAUGAAAGGAGAAAAAGGUGACAGAGGAGAUAUUGCUUCUCAGAACAUGAUGCGAGCUGUUGCAAGACAAGUCUGUGAACAAUUGAUAAAUGGCCAAAUGAAUCGGUUCAAUCACAUGCUGAAUCAAAUCCCGAAUGAUUACUAUGCAAACCGCAAUCAACCAGGACCUCCAGGACCACCAGGGCCUCCAGGAAGCGCUGGGGCAAGAGGAGAACCUGGACCUGGAGGAAGACCAGGGUUCCCAGGAACACCUGGUGACCAAGGACCACCUGGUGAAAGAGGACUGCCAGGAGAGAAAGGUGAAAGAGGGAUUGGAUCACAAGGACCACGAGGUUUGCCUGGACCAUCUGGUCCACCAGGAGAGUCUCGAGUUGGCCCACCAGGUUCUACAGGUUCACGAGGGCCACCUGGGCCACCGGGUCGUCCUGGAAAUGGGGGUAUUCGAGGUCCCCCAGGCCCACCUGGUUACUGUGAUUCAUCCCAGUGUUCUAGCAUCGCUUACAAUGGUCAAGGAUUCCCAGAGUCAUACGUACCUGAAAGUGGACCCUAUCAACCUGAAAGUGAGCCCUACAUAGUACCAAUGGAGUCAGAAAGGAGAGAGGAUGAAUAUGAGGACUAUGAAGUUGAAAUGCAUUCACCAGAUUACCCUGAACAAAUGUGCUGGAAAAGAUCAUUACCGAGAAAAGCAAAAACAAAACCAUAAAAGAUCUGUCUUGUUUUGUGUUUUUGGUUGUUUGUUUUUGUUUGUGCUAUGCUCACAUAUGCAGAUACAUACAGAAUGGGUGUAUCCUAUAUUCUCCAAUGCUACCUUCUCAAAUCAGAAAUGCACUCACAUCUUGUAGGAGUAUCAUGCUUAUGUGCGAAUAGCAAUGUAUGUAACUAUAGAUUUCAUUCUUGCUCUUGAAAUGCUUGUAAAAUACUUUUGCUUAAAGUGGCUGCUUAGAACUUAAUGUGUGCAUUCAGUUAUCACAAUGCUGCAUUUUCUUUAAACAAAUAAAUUUAAAAAAAAAACACAAAACACCAAAAACCAGAGCUGCUGCAAAUUUUCGAAGGGCUGUCUGCUUUAGCUCUACAGUUUUCCUCCUUUUAUUGCCUGUUUGCAGUUAAGUCACAUCACAAGUCUGCAUUGUCUAGUAAAAAGCAAACCAACUCCUUCUACAUCAUUGCCAAUUUUUUCUAUCCUUAGUUAUACCUUGCAGGGCAUAUAUUGCUCUUAUACAUCUCCUUUAACAACCACAAAUCUUAAGUAAUGUAGCUGAAAUCAUUGUAUCAACUGGAUAUCGUUUUAUAAUGCUUUAAAUCUCCUUGUAGACUCAUUAACAUUUAUGCCAAAUUGCAGUCAAUCCUGCAGAGAUGGAAUUGCAUGUUUGUGUUGUAUAUUUAGUAUGGAUUUUUUUUCAGAAUAUAAUGUUUCUUAGUUAUCAAAAGCAGUUGGAAAUUGUUUGCAAGACUAUGGAUAUAGAAUUGCUGCUUUUAUAUUUUAACUGCAAAUUGUGAAUUUCACUGCCUUAUAUUAUUUAUUUCUGAAACAAAGGAGGCAUUUUUCAAUAAAACUACUGAAAAUUUA